CACCGCAAUCCUCCACCUUCCCGCCGGAACUGAAAAUGUCGCUCGCCUUGGUCACCCCUUUCUCCGGCUCCAGAGUUGGAAGUUUGAGGAAUACUUUUCCACGCCAUGGAUUUCCGGUUACCGGCAAUAAGUCAUCCCUCACCUUUAGAUGCAGCCUUACUACAAUAGACUUGAUGCAAAAUAUAAAAGAGAAGAUCAACGAUUCAUUGGAAACUGCAAUUGUUCAUAUACCAUCUAAUCUGUGUGUAAUUGACACCCUUCAAAGGUUGGGACCCGACCGUUACUUCCAAUCCGAAAUCGAUACUAUCCUAGAAAGCACAUACAUGUUGUGGCAACAAAAACACAAAAUUAUGUUUUCCAAUGUUACUACUCAUGCAAUGGCAUUUAGACUUUUGCGAGUUAAAGGAUAUGAAAUUUCCUCAGAGGAACUUGCACCAUAUGAUAAUCAAGAUGGCGUUAGCCAGCAAACAGUUGACGUGGCGAUGGUUAUCGAGCUUUACAGAGCAGCGCAUGAGAGAAUAGACGAAGAAGAGAGGUGUCUUGUGAAUAUACUUGGUUGGACUACCACUUUUCUCAACCACCAGUUGCAUAGUAAAUCCAUUCCUGACAAGAAAUUGCACAAAUUGGUGGAAUUCUACAUGAAUAACUACCAUGGCAUACCAAUAAGGCUGGGAGUUAGACGAAACCUUGACCUAUAUGACAUGAGUCAUUAUCAAGCUCUGAGACUUAAAACUAGAUUCUCAAAUAUAUGCAAUGAAGAUUUUGUAGCAUUGGCGAUGCAAGAUUUCACUAUUUGCCAAGCUCAGUACCACAAAGAACUUCAACAACUGCAAAGGUGGUAUGCAGAUUGUAGACUGGACACUUUGAAGUUUGGAAGACAAGUAGUAUUCAUUUCUUAUUUUCUGGCUUCAUUAGUCAUCGAUGAUUGUGCUACGUCUGCUCAUGCUCGUCUAGCCUUUACCAAAACAACUGUGCUUGCAACCCUUAUCGAUGAUUUUUUCGACUAUGGUGGUUCAAGAAAAGAGUGCUACAACAUUCUUGAAUUAGUCAACGAUUUCCUACUUGUUCAUCAUUUAUACAAUGAACAAAACAGAUGGAAAGAAAAGGCGAGUGCAGAAUACGAAUCAAUGGAAGUUGAGAUCAUUUUCACAGCACUGUACAAUACAGUAAACGAAUUGGCAGUGAUGGCUAGUGUAGCACAAGGACGUAGUACCAAAGAAUUUAUAGUUGGAAUGUGGGUUGAAGUAGUAUCAUCAUUCAAGGUAGAAUUAGAUGCGUGGAGCAAUGGCUCGCAACAAAGCUUGGAUGAGUACAUGUCUACAUCGUGGUUAUCAGUUUCCGGAAAAAUCGUAGUUCUCAUGGCCUUGUUAUUCAUCGGCGUAAAGUUGUCCGAUGAGAUGCUCAUGAGUGAAGAAUGUACUGAUUUGUCUAGGCAUGUCUCAAUCAUUAUCCGCCUUAUCAACGACGUCUGCAGUUUUGAGAAGGAACGCAAGGAGAAUAAAGGAAACAACUGUAUGAGCAUUCUACUAGCCGACGGAAGAGGCAUUACUGAAGAGGAAGCUAUUGCAGAGAUAAAAGAAAUAGUUGAAAAUCACAGGAGAAAAUUAAUGCAAAUUGUGUACACAAAGGGAACAAUUUUGCCGAGAAGAUGCAGAGAUAUAUUUGUGGAGACGUGUAAGGCUGCUUCUUAUGUGUACACUAGCAGCGAUGAAUUUACUACUCCUCAAAAGUUGAAGGAAGAUAUGAAAUCCUUCCUAGGUUUAUGAACCACUAAAACCUAAAACUGCAUAAUUUACA